UCAAAGGUUUUUUCCGUAACUGAGUUAUGCGAGUUUAACCUCUCUCAGUUCGUAAAAGAAAUGAAAAGAUUUAGAGGAUAUAUUCCUACAACUGUUGUUUUAAGACUUAUUUCGGAUCUUCUUGAAGGAAUUAGCUAUCUGCACAGAAUGCAAAUCAUCCACGGAUUCUUAAAACCGAGUAAUGUAAUGGUAACUAUGGAUUGCAGACUGAAACUAACGGAUUGUUUCCUCCUGGAUGUGGUACCUUUGGUUUGGGGAUUGCAGUAUCGAGAAUUGAAGAACCAGCCUAUUGGGACUUCCGUAUCGAGCUGUAGCUGGAGACCAACUGAACUAAUAGCAGCUGGAAAUGAACUGGAAGCGAGAGAAAAUAUUACUUUUGCUUCGGAUAUUCAAAUGGCGGGAAUGCUUAUGUAUUACAUUAUGAGUGGAGGAAAGCACCGUUUUGGAAUCUGUGAUUCUGAGUGCCAAAUGAAUAUAAAACUAGGAUUCAUACCACCCCGACUGGAAUCAAUUGACUUCGAAGCCAAAGAUCUGAUGAAUGGAAUGAUGAAAAAGAACAAAUCCAACAGAUUAACUAUCAAAUCUAUCAUUAAGCAUCCUUACUUCUGGAACUGUGAGUUCAAAUUUCAGUUUCUCGUCCGGGUCGGGAAAAAACUGAUUUGCGAGAAUAAGGAUUCGGAAGAAAUCGAAGAGUUUAGAAAAUGUUGUUCAGAAGCAAAGCGCUGGACCUCUUUUGUUUACCCGUGGCUGAUAACAUACAUGUGCAAACUGACGAAUAAAUUCUACACCAAUGACCCCCUGGAUUUGUUACAUUUUGCAGUUGCACUUCAAGACAACUUCGAUAUGAUCCCAUCUCUUUACAAACAGUUCAUUUUGAAACCAUCUUUAUUCAUUUUGCAAGUUUUUCCCACCUUCUUCAUAUCUGUCUACGGUCUCGCUCGACAGAAUGUAUCAAUGCAGCGACAAACAGGACUUCAAAACUUUUUCUGAAACAUCUCUUUGUUCUCUAAUGGCAACAGGAGGAAAACAUCACAUAGUGCAAAAUUUUCUAAUGAUGAAAAGUGAAAAUUAUUCAAAUUAAUCGUAAUUACAAAUUUCGGACCAUUAAACGGAACAUUUUAUCGAAGAAUAAUUGCAUUUGUCUCAAAAUUUAAUCUAAUAUAUUGCUCUGGAAAAAAGUUAAAAUUGUGUAAAAAUUGGAUAACAUAU